CCGCACGCGCACGCACACCGUUCGCACACACCCAAACAAAAUGGCCUCCAUGACCCAGCACGCGCUCGCCGCGAAGACCGUCGUCCGCGGCAACGCCGUCGUCUCCAAGAAGGCGGUCAAGGCCACCCGCGUGAACACCGUCGCGCGCGCGGCCGUCGCCACGAAGUCGGGCCUCAAGACCGGCGUCGUGACCGGCGCGGACUACCAGGCCGUCCUCGAGCACGCGAAGAAGCACCAGUACGCGAUCCCCGCGGUCAACUGCACGAUGUCCCCGAUCAUCAACGCGUGCAUGGAGGCGGCGAAGAAGGCCAACUCCCCCAUGAUCGUCCAGUUCUCCAACGGCGGCGGCAUCUACAACGCCGGCAAGGGCCUCAAGAACGAGAAGGACCAGAAGGUCGCGGCCAUGGGCACGAUCGCGGGCGCGCUCCACGUCCGCGCGAUGGCCGAGGCGUACGGCGUCCCGAUCAUCCUCCACACGGACCACUGCUCCAAGGCUCUCCUUCCGUGGUUCGACCUCCUCAUCGAGGCGAACGAGGAGUACUUCGCCAAGCACGGCGAGCCGCUCUUCUCCUCUCACAUGCUCGACCUCUCCGAGGAGUCCAUCGAGGAGAACAUGGAGAUCUCCGCCAAGUACCUCAAGCGCAUGGCUGCCAUCGGCUGCCACCUCGAGGUUGAGAUCGGCAUCACCGGCGGCGAGGAGGAUGGCGUCGACAACACCGACGUCGCGCAGGAGGACCUCUACUCCAAGCCGGAGGAGAUCCACCAGGUGUACAAGGCUCUCGAGCCGAUCGCGCCGGGCAUGUACUCCAUCGCCGCGGCGUUCGGUAACGUCCACGGCGUGUACUCCCCCGGUAACGUCAAGCUCACCCCCCCGAUCCUCGGCAACGCGCAGAAGUACAUCGAGAAGGAGGAGGGCACCAAGGAGAAGCCGGUGUACUUCGUCUUCCACGGCGGCUCCGGUUCCUCCCGCGAGGACAUCCGCGAGGCGAUCGGCUACGGUGUCAUCAAGAUGAACAUCGACACCGACACGCAGUGGAGCUUCUGGGACGGCGUCAAGGACUACGUCAAGGAGAAGGAGCCGUACCUCCAGGGCCAGAUCGGCAACCCCGACGGCCCGGAGAAGCCGAACAAGAAGUACUACGACCCCCGCAUGUGGCUCCGCGAGGCGGAGAACUACACCGUCAACCGCCUUCUCUCCGCGUACGAGGAUCUGCAGGCGAUGGACGCGUGCUCCAAGUAAAUUCUUGAUGUACUUAUCGCGCGCGGUGUCGUCGACUGGGAGGUUUCAGAAAGUUUUUGGAUUCAGCGGCUCUCUUGAAUUUGCAUAGAAGAGAACAAGUCGCGAGAUGGAUGGAGACGACCUACUUGUAAUAAGAUGAGUCUUCGAGAAAC